UUAUUUCCUUGAGAAUUAUGCAUUAGGCCCAAAUUAGGCAGCUUCUUUUCUUUUUGCCUAGAACAUCUCUCGUGUAUUAUAUAAAAGGUGUCAUUGAGGUUUCAUUCACAAAAACAAAAGCUAAAGCUAAAGGAAUUGUAUUGGAGAUUGGCAAAUGGGAAGGGAGUUCAGUUUGGAGCCUGAUUUAUGGCCAUCUUCUUCUGCUUCAAAACCAACCUUCCAAUUCUCAGCAGUUCCCAUGGUGGCUAUGCCAUUUACUCUGAAUCAUCAUCAACAGCAGAUCAUGGUUUUCUAUAAUGGAACACUUUCCUUCUGUGACUUGACUGAACUUCAGGCAAGGGCCAUAUUAUGGGUUGGAAGUCAAGUGAGGAGUAGCAACGCGAGGAGCAACCCAGAAUGGUGGAGUUUGCAAAUGCCAAGGAAUGGGAAUGGGAAUGCAGCUUUCUCCAUUAAGAAAUCUCUGCAGAGAUUCCUACAAAGGAGAAAGACAAGACGAAUGAGAUCAAUGUCUCCAUAUCACAAACUGUAAUAAACAAACCACUUAACCCAUUCAAAGUUUAUGCCUCCCACCUUCAUCAAACAAUUAAUCAAUUCAAUGAAUCAACGACUUCUCAUUUGCACCAUCAUUCUACCAACAUUCUUGUAUUGUUGAAUGAAAAUGGCCCAAAAAGAAUGCUACAAGAAAACAAGAAUUUGUUUCAUGCAUGUAAACGAUACGAUAGAAAUAUCUAUCAAGACACGAGCAUGUGAUCUUUUCGCAGGAUGGGGCCAGGAUGAAAUUAAUCUCUAGAAUGAGAAUCUGCAUCGCUUGUUUUGUAGUAUUUGACAUCAAGAAAGAAGCAUUGUAAAAGAAUUAAACAUAUUUGGGGGAAGGGAUAGAAGUUGGGGCAAAUGGUGCCUCUACAUUUGAAUUGAGAGUAAAACCCACAGCCAAGAAUCUUCUUCUAAAGCCCAUUCAUGUAAAGCCAGCAAGAGCUAGAAAUGGAAUGUUACUGCCAAGUAAAGAGACAUCAUAUACUUCUAAUCCAGUUGUGAGAGACCACUGAAAGAAUGGCCUUGAGAUGAGAAACUUUGAACAAACAUACAUUUUCCCAAAAAAAAAAAAAAAGAAGAGAAGAGAAAAAAAAAAAGAUCAGUCUGGCAAAGAGAAGACUUCU